CCCAAGCCCUAAUACCACCAGGAGGACUGACACUCCACAGGUACCCGGCGUCACCCAGAGCUGGGAGAUAACAGCACUCCUGUGUCUGGACUCAUCGGGACAGCCCUCACCACAGGCCAUCUGGAAAGCCGCUACCUCCCAGCCAACUUCCCGCCCUGGGUUUUCUUCCUGCUGCUUGCCUUCAUGAUGGCUGGCUGCCUCGUCGCCUUCUUUCUCCUCCAUCGUUACCCCAGGCACUGGAAAACCUCCACAGAAGACCUCCUCACCUCCCAGGUCACCCUCUACUCCAUCCGGCCACUGAAAGAGGACCUGGGCCUCCCCGGCCCAGUGGACAGCAGUAAGGGCCAGGGGCAUCUGGAGAAGAAAGCGGGCCCCCACCGCCCGGCCCACCUGAUCUUCAUCUAUGUCCUGGUGGCCUUCGUGAAUGCUCUCACCAACGGCGUGCUGCCCUCUGUGCAGACCUACUCCUGCCUGUCCUACGGGCCUGUCGCCUACCACCUGGCCGCCACCCUCAGCUCCAUGGCCAACCCGCUAGCCUGCUUCUUCUCCAUGUUCCUGCCUAACAGGUCUACCCCCAAACUGGCCCUGGGAAGCUCUGGGUGGGGGUGUACUUCAUUCCAGAAGCCAGACUUCCAAACCCCACCACCAUCAGGCUAUAUGUGUAGCAGUUAAGAAUAUGGUUCCUGAGGCUUAGCUGCCUGGGUUCAAAUCCUGGCUCUGCUACUUACUAGCUGUGUGAUAUUGGACAAGUCAUUUUACUUCUCUUUGCCUCAGGGAUUGUUACCUGGAAAAUGGGGAAAAUCAUAGUUCUACCACCUCGGGUUGCUGGGAGUAUGAGAUGAGCUAAUUUUGUAAAGUUUUCAGAGUGGUGCCUGGUGCACAGCAGAUCUAGUGCGUCUACCGUCACUGCCAUUGGCCCAUGAAAAGCAACAACCAGGCAGGAACUGAGGUUCCCAUUUACAAAUGGAAACCCUGAGGCUUAGAGAAAGGGCUGGCCCUGGUCUAAUUCCCAGGACUUCAGCCCUGCCCUCCUGCCUGUAGGACACACUGGCUCCCUUACAGCUGCAGUUCUAGAGGAAUGGCGCUUGGCAAAUUGAUAAAAUGCAGAUUGAGCCAGCCUAGGCUGGGACCUGGGAUUUCAAAUUUUAAUAAGCAACCUAAGUGGUUCUGACAGAAGGACUUCAGACCCCCGUAGGAGAAAGGCCCACCUUGGGGGUCAUGAAACUUUAGGUCCCACAGCCGCCCAUCUACCCCUCUGCCUGCAUGACCUCACUGGCCUCACAGACCUGAGUAUACCCACGUCCCUCAGCCCUGCCCACCCUGAUCUGCCACACCUACCUCCCCAAGCCCUGGGAGGAGGGAGAAUGAGCAUAGGAGAGUUAGACAGAAAAUGUCAGUUUGCCAGAAAGCUGAAUUUUCUCCCUUGGGGCUUAAAAACUGUGGAGGGAGGCUGGAGGCUCUGAGGAAGCAGGACCAGAGACCACAGGCCUGUGAAAUCUGAGAUGCCCAGAAUGUUAGAAAUACAGAAUCUGAGAGUCAGGGGAUCUGAAAACCUUGGAGCAAGAAAAGCUGAGAGGCAGGGGCAGACCCUCCACUCUCACCCAGGACACAAGCCAGCCUUGAUGUUCUGAAGAGUAUGGACAGGAAGACCCCGGGGGCAAAGACUUCGAAUGAAGGACAGUGUCCUCAAUUGUCAGACCUGAGUCUACCUGGG